GGACUUUGACUUACGGAGUAGUGAGGUCACUGGACACAGGAGGAUGGAGAAGCUGAUACCUUUGAAGGAGAAUGAAGGGCAGAGCAGCGGACUGCCACCAGAUGUCCCCGUCCCCGGUCAUCCAUGUCCGCGGGCUCUGUGAUGCUGUGGUGGAGGGUGACCUGGUGGAGGCGCUCAACAAGUUUGGAAAUAUCUGCUAUGUGAUGAUGAUGCCGUUUCGGCAUCAGGCCCUGGUGGAGUUCGACAGCGUGGAGAGCGCUGAAUGCUGUCUGGCGUCUGGAAGCCAUCAAGGCAUCUUCAUUGCUGGCCAGCAAGUCUUCUUCAACUUCUCCAGCAGCCAGAGGAUCACCAGACCCACCAACACCGACAACCCCACCAGUGGAAGCAAAGUGCUGCUGUUGUCUAUCCAGAACGCACGCUAUCCCAUCACCACUGAUGUUCUCUACAACAUCUGUAACCCUGUUGGUAACGUCCUGCGAACGGUCAUCUUUAAACGUAAUGGCAUCCAGGCCAUGGUGGAGUUUGCAUCAGUUGGGGACGCUCAGAAAACCAAACUGGCUUUAAAUGGAGCUGACAUCUACACCGGCUGCUGCACGCUAAAGAUAGAGCACGCUCGGCCCAACAAACUGAACGUCUUCCGUAAUGAUGCCACCAGCUGGGACUACACCAAAUUCUGCCUCCUGCACAGAGAGCACGGGGAGGUCAGGCAGCGACAGGCCAUCCUAGGAGAGUAUCCAUCCAAAGGCCCACACUGCCCCCUGCUGCCUCUGCCUGGUAACAGCAGGUACAGGAGGCCGGGCCAGAUGGUGCAGGACUAUGCCUUGCUUCCGCACACGGACUCCUCCUCCUCUUCUCUACCCUGCACCCGCUCCAGCUCUGUUGCCAUGGUGAAUGGCCUUCAUCCCACCAAGAUGAACUGCAGCUUCAUCUUCAACCUCUUCUGUCUCUACGGCAGCAUCAACAAGGUGAAGUUCAUGAAAAGCGUUCCUGGCACAGCGCUGGUGGAGAUGGGAGAUAAAUAUGCCGUGGAACGAGCUGUGACUCAUCUCGAUGGUGUCGAGGUGUUUGGACACAGACUGAACGUCCGUGUGUCCAGACAGCAGGCGGUGGUUCUGCGUCAGGUGUUUGAACUGGCUGAUGGCAGCAACAGUUUCCAGAACUUCAGCCUCAGCAGAAGCAACCAGUUUAGAGGACCACAGAACAGCAGGAACAUCAUCCAGCCGCCCGCCGCCAUCCUGCACUUCUACAACGCCCCGCCCACCUUCAGCCAGCACCAGCUACACAAGAUGUGCAGCCAACACAACAUUCCUGCCUUCACCAAGUUCAAGCUCUUUGACACCAAACCGGACUCAAAGACUCUGUCUGGUCUGCUGGAGUUUGUUAGUAAGACUGAUGCUGUGGAUGCUUUGACCGUCCUAAACCACCACCAGAUCCGGACCACCAGUAAGUACAGAUCAGAGACACACCCACCAGACAGUGCCAACCUGUUCACCCUGAAACUCUGCUUCUCCACCUCUUCCCACCUCUGAACGGAGAAAAGUCACAACAAGCCAGAAACGGAGCAUUUUGUUCUUCCAAGUGGAGCUAGCAGCAACGGAGACGUGAUGAGACAUUCUUUCACAUUAAA